GCCUUGGGAUAGAGGAUGGAGUCCUUCAAGCCUACAAUCCGGAUUUUGAACUUCAAUUUGCCCACAAGGUAUCACAAAUGACAAGGUUUUCUCAAGCUGAUCUGGAUCAGGCUACAUUUCUCUAUCUCCUGAGAGAUGACCGCGAACAAUUAUUGUAUUGCUAUUUGUUCCAGGCGAUGAAAAUCUCCGACGUAACCGAUUUGUACAAACAGAUGAAAGAACAAAACCACGCAGCCCCGACUAAAUCAAUUAGCAGUGCUGGUAAUCUAACUUCUCUUUGCGUUGAUAUAUCACCUAGUUCAAGUAAUUUUUUUGAGGUUCUCUAUAUAGGUAAAAUAAAAGUGUGGCAACGAAAAGUACCAGACAAUUUCAUAGAUGAAGCUUUGGAAAAAUUUCGAAUACAUGAACUUGAGAAACAUGGAUUUAGACAAUUGGGAAACAUUGGAAAAUUGAAGAGUGAAAGUGAACUUUUUCGAAGAGGAUCAGUGGGUCAACUGAAACCUGAACACUUUGGAUUUAUAUGCAAGGAGGGCUCAAACAAUAAUUACUUUAUGGGUUAUAUUUUCAAAUGCGAAUCAUCUUCAGUGGCAAAUGAUACAAUGGCAGCUAUCACUCAAGCGUUCCUCAAUGCGGAAACAAAAACAACUUGUUCCACUGUUACAUCCUGCGAGCACUGUCCAAUGGUCUGGUUUCAUAAACUCUGCGUUGAGGUUGAGACUAUGUCCGAUAGGAAAACACAGGCCGCCAUUUUGAGAAGGAUAGAACAACUUGAUGAUGAUGAACAAACAACGAUUCUGACGAAAUUCAGAGGAGCUGAAACAGAUUCUGUGAGAGAACAAAACGAGUUCCUCAUGAUGUUGCUCAGAGCACACUGUGAAAUGAAACAAGGAAGGCACGUUCACGACACUGCCGAAAACCGGUCUGAAUUCCUGAAUCAAUAUCUAGGAGGAGGCACCAUUUUCACCAAAGCGAAGAGAUCUUUGAGCAACUCCUUUGAACACUUUUUGAAAAGGAAAGGAUCCAGAGAUGACUUUGGUGGUUCAUUGAAAGGCCUGAAUCUUCCAAUAAAUAGUAACUUCAACAAAGACUGCCUCUCUCAUUCUCCAUCCCCGAGCACGAACAAUGAUACCUCUGAUCGAGAAUCAGAAGGUACCAGAUCCAGAUCCUCCACAAUUGGUUCACAAAAUGACCUCAGAGAUACACACCUCAGCGUUAGGGAUAAUAAUCAUAAAGAUUCUUACUCUCCUGAACGAGUUUUCGGUUCUGAGAAGGCGCCAAAAUCUCCUAUGAUGGACAUCUUCAUGAAAGUUGGAAAUAGUCCAAAGAAUACAAUAUCAGAAGACGGGUGUCCGAAUAAGGUGGAUUCGGGAUCUUGGAGACAAGCAAUAUUCAAAAGAGUUGUAACGCCCAAUAAACUUGAUAGAAUAGAACAACCCGGGAAACAAAGGACUAAAGAAGAAUUGAGAGUACUCUGGAAGAAGUCCAUUCACCAAGCAAUUUUACUCAUCAGGAUGGAAAAGGAAAACGCUAGAAUACGAGCUAAACAAGAAGAAUCUGCAGUUAAACGAAUAAAAUUAGAAUAUGAUGAGAUGAAACCAAAUCAAAGGGAGGUUAUAGAGGUGUGGGAAAUGAUCACUACUAAAGACAGCAAUAGAAUAAAGUGCGACAAUCAAAUGUUACUCCAUGCAAUUCGACAGGGAGUUCCACGUAGCAAAAGAGGUGACGUCUGGCAAUUUUUGGCAGAUCAAUUCUGUUCUAGAGUACCACCCAUUGAUACAAUCAACUAUCCGAAUUAUGCAGUACCUUAUGAGACUUUGCUCAAACAGCUAACCUCACAUCAACAUGCUAUUUUAAUCGAUCUUGGCCGUACUUUUCCCAAUCACUCAUACUUCAGUAGUCCACUAGGACCUGGUCAACUAGCAUUAUUCAAUGUCCUGAAAGCAUACUCAUUGCUAGAUCCCGAAGUAGGAUAUUGCCAAGGCUUGAGUUUUGUAGCGGGUGUUUUGCUGUUACAUAUGGAAGAAUCUCAGGCCUUUUUGCUGCUGAAGUAUCUGAUGUUCAGAAGGGGAAUGCGAAAUCAGUAUCUACCAGACAUGGUUAGCCUUCAAAUCAAACUCUACCAACUCUCUAGGCUAGUGCGAGAUCACCUUCCAGAACUGUACACCCUUUUUGAUACAUAUGAAGUCGCUCCAACAUUGUAUGCCGCUCCUUGGUUACUUACCGUGUUUGCUUCCCAGUUUCCUCUGGGAUUCGUUACUAGAGUUUUUGAUCUGAUGUUUUUGGAGGGGCCAGAAGUCAUAUUCAGGGUAUCACUGGCUCUUCUUUCUCAUCACAAAGAGAAGUUACUCGUCUGCGAUAGUUUCGAAGAAAUCAUGAACUACCUCAAAGUACAAUUGCCAAAGAUUGAUAGGUCGACUUUGGAUAUUCUGAUGAAACAGGUUUUCACGACGGACUGCGUCAAACAACUGAACGAAUACAAAGUCGAGUACCAGGUUCUACAAGAAGAAAUGACCUCCGUACAACCACAGGUGGAAGCCCUGCAUAAACUUGAAUCCCAAAACAAAUUGUUGAGUGAUCAGAAUCAACUUCUUAUGCGUCAGUUAGAAUCUACCGUAGCCAAUGUUCAUCGCCUGGAAAAAACCAGAGCAUUACAACAGUCCCAGCUCAAUAGGUUAGAGAUGCAAAGUAGAGGUCUGAAUGUUACCAUAGCGACCCUUGGAGCCUUCAUAAAUUCACUGAUGGAACAAAAAGUUGAUGUAGAAAUCCCUGAUGACAUUCAACGGAUACUGACUCAGUUAUCCUUCAGUGAGAGACGCCAGAACGAAGGUCGACCCCAACAAAACAAUUUGAUGAGGACGUUCCAGAAACCUUCAGAUAAAAUUUUUGUUAAAUCUCAGAGUACUGGGAAAAUGAACGUACCGUCCAACGUCAAUCAAAGUGAGUUCGGUGACAAUGUUCUGAAUGGGAUGAAAACAUCCCCUCCCAGUUCGACGGAAAAAACCUCAAAAUUUUUCUCCAAUAGCCACAACAAUAUAUUGCAACAAAAAUUGAACGUUCAGAAUAGCAAUUUGAAUAACGCCAGAAUAGAUAUCACAAUCCAACAAUUCGAGAAUGAAUUGAAUUCUAAUACCACUGUUAACCAAAGAUCAUUCAACGAAGAAAUGGAAUUCGAAAAUAGUGAAGUAUCCCUCACCAAAUCUGAUGAUAGUGGGGUUGUUACACCUGUGAGUCCCAUACCUCUAGAUAACCACCCUUUGAGUAACUGUGGCGUUCCUUUUACUUAUACGGGUACUAGGGAACUUAAGACUAUGAAGAAUAUGAAAAAUUCCAGAAACUAUAACCCUGACGUUGUCAGCAAGUGAUAUUUGAGUUGGUUUUACACAUAGUGUGAUAUUACUUUUUAGAAUAGUAAGAUUACUUUCGUGUCGAUGAUACCUUAUGCUUCCUACAAGAGUUUGUUGACUAGACUAGUAUUUUAAAUUCUAUUCUCGAAAUGAAAAUAUCCUGAGCUCAGUAAGUGAGAAAAAAAGUAUAGGAUUUUAUAUGAUGGCUAUUGGAAUGGUUUUAUCAUGCCUGUCACAUUGGUUUCUAUUUGUGAUUGUGAUGAUGUGAUUAUUUAGAAUUAAUGGAGUCCCCGGUGAAAAAUCCUUUCAGAAAAAAAAAUUAAAAGAUUUUAUAAAAAAGUAAA